AUGUUCAGAAGGUUGAAGCCAAGGAUAGGAAGUGUUACCGGAACAUCAAAAUUUUCUCUGAAGACAACACACCCUGAUUCGGUGCUCAAAUGGCCACUGGUGAAGAAUCAACACGUGAAUGGACGCGAACUGUCUCGGUUCAGCGACCAGCUUUUAGAGCUGCAAUCGUAUUGGAAACCCAUUCAUGACUUGCGAAAUGGUAGAAAUACUUCUCAGGGGCAUCCUGAUGAUGCUAGGAUGAUAUCGGCAGGACAUUUAUCUACUCUUCUUCGCAUAAUGUCGUUGAUGGCGAAAUUGAAGAGGAAGGUUCCUGCCACUGCCCUUUGUCUUACUCCAGUUACCACCUCAAACGGUGUUUUACAUCCGGCUGGUGUUGGAACGUCAACAUUUGUUCGUUGA